AACAAUUGGACCAAGUAAAUAUUCUGCGUUUACCCGAAAAUCUAGAAAACGUGGAAGAAAAUAUCUCUUCACAAGAAGCAAACAAAAAUAGUGAAUCAAUUUCCUGUGACGCUACACAAGAGGAUACUGAUUUCAUAAACAAGGUACUGGAAACAUCAACGGAAAACGUGGCAGAAAGUAUUCAAGUUUCUGAUGUACAGCCCUCCAUUGAUGAUGUUCAUGCAUCUCAACCGUCAGAAGUUGAACUUGUAGUUUGUGAAGAUGAUGAAAAUAUCAUCAAAACGAUAAAUAAACGAGCAGAUGAUGAAGAAAAUGGAGGAUCACCGUGUGACACAGAUACUGUGAAUAUCGACCGUGUGCAAAAAACGGACACAGAAGAAAACAAUGUCGCUCCCGUGAAUGCUCCAAAUAAUGAACCAGCCAGCUCUGCAAUCAAAUUAUCUACCAAUUCAAAUGAUAACAAUGAUGCAAUGAAAUUGCCAUCUCAAUGUAGCAACUGGAAGGAUAGGCGACAAAAAAUUUCCAUGAUUACACACGAAGAAUAUCAUUUGAAUCCUAUAUCAUACAUAAGAAUGGAACUUCCAAUUGUCACAGCUGAAAUUAUCACAACACACGAUACAGAUAGCCAAUGCUUCAUUCAUCCAAAUUCGGGUAAAAUUCUUCUAGAUAAUGCUGAUUCACAAACAGAAGAAGUUAUUAGCAUAGAACCAUCCAUCUUGGAAGAGCAACAUAUUGCAACAGAAGUUUCUGUUCUUGAUCCCAACAUUGAAACUUCAAUGCAAUCUAAAUCAUCUUCUGUACUAGUCAAACAGUCGUCCACGACUGAGCAUAAAAAUUAUUCAGAAGCUUUAUUGACUUCAGACUCUAUGAACAUCAGUAAAGAAUUUGCAACUACUACUUCAAAUUGUGUUUACAAGACAACAACAAUUAUCUACGGAGCAUCUUCUCAUCAACAUGUAAUAGAGGAACACUACACUCACCCCUUGAUUGUUGAGCAAAUUGUGAGAGAUGUAGACACUCACCCAGAACAAUCGCUCACAACGCUAAAUGAUGUCGAAAGUGAUCUGACGACUUCACUUGGGCCUAUGUGUGGUAGAAACAUUGAAUCACAAAACGAGAUAAACAUUUCUACAGAUGAAAUCGUAAACGAUGAGGAGAACGUUCUUAUUAGAACCAGAAAUGAAUCGUUAUUGCGCGAUGAUGUAUUAGAUCAUUUCAUAUUUCCAGAAGAAUAUACAAAGACAAUUUAUCUGGAAACUCCUGAUGAAGAAGCAUCUGAAAACUCUGAAAAGGACAAAAUGAGCGACGAAGAGAACCUUCUUAUCAAAAUGAAAUUCGAAUCUGAGGAAAAUGACAAAGAUAUUGUACCGGCAAAAGAUACUUCAGGUCAUGAAAUUUCUCAAUAUGAUACAGUCAGUAAAGACUUCUCACUUUCACAUCAAUUACAAGUUAUAACAUCAUCAGACCAUAGUGAACCAGAAAAAGGACUAACGUUUGUUACACCAGCAGUUUCAGUAAGCGCUGAAAAAAUAGAAAAUAUACCCGAAUAUGAAUCCAAUAUCUCGAGCCAAGCUGAUGCAGGAUUAGGUCAUACAUACAAUAUUCAAGAAUCUGUCGACCAUCAAACUAAUCCCUUGAUUUUUGAGCAUCCAAUUUCGGAUUUGCAAAUUCAGUCAACAAAUAUCUCAAACAAUGCGGAACUGCAACUCCAUACACAAUCAGAAACUAUACCAUUAGCACUAAAAGAUGUUCAAAAUAGUAUAACAACGACCACAAUUUUUCUCACCUCUAUGGAUAAUUCUGCCACACGUGAAGCCUCUGAACUAAUCAACCAAGACGAUACAGAUGCACUUUUGAAUAAACCAAUAGAUGAUGAAGAGAUUGCGCUUAUUAAGAUGAGAGAAAAAUCAUUCUUGCAAGAUGAUACAUCUACUGUUCGGGCAUUAAAUGAACAAGUGGAAAUGGCUGCUAAUGCAAUACCGGAGUUCUCAGAAAAAUCCGCCUCACAACUUCAAAAUAUUCUUUGCCAAGAAACUCCUAAUAAUGAAACUGACACAGUGAAGCAAAUUGAAGCAAUUAAUGGCAAUGAUCAACUUCUUUCAAGAAAAGAGCCUGAAAAAAGUGAAACAGAUGUAGUUGAAAUUCUUGAUACAAAUGAUGAUGACGCUUGUCAGCAAUCAGCACCAAGUGCAAUUGAAGAUGAAAAGGAAAGUAUGCUACAAGCAGAAAAAAAUAGUGAAACUCAUUCAUGCGAAUCAGUAAACGAGACUACUGAUUUUCCAGGCAUGGCACUGGAAGCAGAAACGAUGAAUGCAUCAGGAUCUAUCGAUGUUUCUGAUGUACAAUCUUGUGAUGACAUUGUUCAUACAUCCCAGACGCUUACAAUGCAAGUUGUACAUGGUGCAGAAAACGACGAAAAAACUAGAGAAGAAGAAGAUCAAGAAGAGAAUGUCUUACUUGAGAUGAGAGAACAGUCUUACAUAGAGCCAUCAAAUCAUCAAGAACAAGCUGAAAAAUGGAACCCAGUAAUUGUUCUGCAAGAAGAGCAAAAUGAGGUUGAGGAACGCAGAGAAAAGCCUGAAGAAGAGAGCAAAACCUCUCUUGAUAAUGUGUCUGAUCGUUUUGAAGUUGAUCAUCUACCCAGAGAUGAAAUUUUCAAUGACGAGGAAAAUAUUUCGGACAAAAUGCAAGAAACACAUGUGGAAGUAAAACCAACAAAUCAGACUUCCCUCUCUUUUGACAAACAACAACCACAAUUGCGUGAUGAUGAAGAAAAUGACGAAAAAACUAUAGAAGGUGUAGAUGAAGAAGAGAACGCAUUAGUUCAAAUGAGAGAUGAGUCUUUCUUGGAGGCUUUAGAUCUUCUGAAGCAUGGCGAACAUGGGGAUCAAGGAAGUAUUCUUCAUUUACCCGAAAAUCUAGAAAACGUGGAAGAAAAUAUCUUUUCACAAGAAGCAAACAGAAGUAGUGAACCAAUUUCCAGUGACGCUACACAAGAGGAUACUGAUUUCAUAAACAAACUGGAAACAUCAACUGAAAACAUGGCAGGAGGUAUUCAAGUUUCUGAUGUACAGCACUGUAUUGAUAAUGUUCAUACAUCUCAGUCGUCUGAAGUUGAACUUGUAAUUUGUGAAGACGAAGAAGAGAAUGUAUUAGUUAAAAUGAGAGAGGAGUCUUUUAUGGAGGCGUUAGAACAUGCUGAACAAUUGGAUCAAGUAAAUAUUCCGCGUUUACCCGAAAAUCUAGAAAACGUGGAAGAAAACAUCUCUUCCCAAGAAGCAAACAGAAAUAGUGAAUCAUUUUCCUGUGACGCUACACAAGAGGAUACGGAUAACAUAAACAAGACACUGGAAACAUCAUCGGAAAACGUGGCAGGAAGUAUUCAAGUAUCUGAUGUACAGCCCUGUAUUGAUAAUGUUUGUAUAUCUCAGUCAUCUGAAGUUGAACUUGCAAUUAGUGAAGAUGAAGAAGAGAAUGCAUUAGUUAAAAUGAGAGAGGAGUCUUUCAUGGAUGCGUUAGAUCAUCCAAAACAUGCUGAACAAUCAGACCAAGUAAAUAUUCUGCAUUUACCAGAAAAUCUAGAAAACGUGGAAGAAAAUAUCUUUUCCCAAGAAGCAAACAGAAUGAGUGAAUCAAUUUCCUGUGACGCUACACAAGAGGGUACUGAUUUCAUAAACAAGACACUGGAAACAUCGACUGGAAACGUGGCAGGAAGUAUUCAAGUUUCUGAUGUACAGCACUGUAUUGAUAAUGUUCAUACAUCUCAGCCGUCUGAAGCUGAACUUGUAAUUAGUGAAGAAGAUGAAAAUAUCAUCAAAACGAUAAAUAAACGAGAAGAUGAUGAAGAAAAUUCUUCAAUAAUAAUCAGGGAUGAGUUUAUUAUGGCGACAGCAGAUUAUCCAGAACUUGCUGAAAAAUUGGACCAAGCAGUUGUCCCACAAGAAGAUCUAAGUGCGGAGAAACAACAAACAAGUGAUACAUCUGAGAAAUUCGAAUGGGACAAAGCAUCUCUUGAUAAUGUAUCUGAUCAUAUUGACGCAGAUGAUAUUGUCAGUAACGAAGAAAUUGCUUUGUUAAAAAUGCAAGAAACAAGUGUUGAGUUAAAGACAACAACACAUGCAUCUCAAUCACUUGACACAGAGGAACAAAAUGUAUGUGAUGAAGUAACAAAUGAAGAAAAAUCUAGUGGACGUGAGGAUGAAGAAGAGAACGCUUUAAUUAAAAUGAGAGAUCAGUCUUUUAUGGCGGCAUCAGAUCAUUUGGAACAUGCUGAAAAUUUGGACUUAGUAAAUAUAAACGUAGAAGAAAAUAUCUCUUCGCAAGAAGCAAACAGAACGAAUGAAUCAAUUUCCUGUGAGGCUACUCAAAAGGAUCCCGAUUUCAUAAACAAGACACUGGAUACAUCAACGGAAAACGAGGCAGGAAAUAUUCAAGUAUCUGAUGUACAGCCCUGUAUUGAUAGCGUUCAUACAUCUCAGUCAUCUGAAUUAGAAUUUGUAAUUUGUACAGAUGAUGAAAAUAUCAAGACGUUAAAAGAACGAGAGGAUGAUGAAGAAAAUGCUUCAAUAAUAAUGAGAGAAAAGUCUACUAUGGAAAUAUCUGAUUAUCCUAAACUUGCUGAAAAUAUGCACCCAGUUACUAUCCUACAAGAAGAUCUAAGCAAGGAUAAACAACCCAUUGAUAGAUCUGAGAAACUCGAAGGGAAUAAAGCAUCUCUUGAUAAUGUAUCUGAUUGUAUUGGCGCAGAAUAUAGUUUUGUGAUGAUGCAGAUAACAACAAAAAAAUUAAAGAAGGUGAGGAUGAAGAAGAAAAAGCACUAA